GCCUCAAUCAUCUUCUUUACUUUCUUGACAGUAGUGGAGGACUCUACUUUCAACUUGAUGUACUUACUGCUCCUACCCUUUCUGAUUUUCAAGUUAUAAAGUUUUACCCGCCGAAUAACAUAUAACUCCGCCCCACUUUUGACUUCGUAGUUGUCUAAAGAACUGCUGUCGUCGAUUGGCUUGCCAGCAUAAAUCAGUCGCUGGCAUUCUGGCGAUAUCUUUGCUACUUUCUUAAUCUUCCUUUUUACUUCAUGGACUGAUUCGCUAGUGGCUACCUCAAGAGAGAAGGCUUGGCCCUGUCAGCAUCUUGACAGUGAUAGGGACCACAACCAGCAGCCCCAGCUCUGACCCAUCCUGGAUGCCACGCUCCCUCAACGACACCUGGUUCUCUACUGGCUUGCCUUGGAAAGACAGUCGCUGAUGUUCUAGUGCAACGCCCAGUUCAGCCUGCAGCACUGCCUUAACAUCCUCCACCCUCUCUCCUUUCCCUGUUGUGACCCAGACCACCUCACCUGAAGGUUGCCUCACACGCAGCCUUAUCUCCUCUGUUGUUGAACUAACACGGAGGUACAGGUGGAGGGUACUGGCCUGUACUACGUGGUAGUCUCGAAGGGAAUUUUCGUCACUCAUUUCCCUCCCAUUGUAGGCCAGGCUCUGGCGGUAGACCGGGAGACCGUCUUUGGCUGCUAUUUUGCGCUUUGUACUCUUGACCGUGUCAGAGCCGUCUACUCUGAGCGUUAUGGUUUUACCUGACAGAGUCCGAACGAAAAUCUGCAUCUUUUCUGCUUCGCACCUGCACUGUGAAUGAAACAUUGUGUGAUAUAUUUUGCUGUAGGCUGGGGUAGUUUUAUAAAUACCUGUAAGUUUGAGGACGCUGUGAACAACCAGAGAGGUGUACAACAACAACGACCAAAGAAUCGGGUGGGGCUGCCGCAAUGCGCACACACACCACACACACGUACACACGUACGUACACACACACACAACAGAGCGUACAAAAAUUUCGGAGAUAUGGACAACAAUUUUUAGCAGAACUACGUCACUGACGAUCCAGCGUGUCCUCUGUCCUCUCUAGCUAGCUCUCAUCAUGGAUCCAGGAAUGGUGUGUACGCUGUGUCAGGAUCCCUUCGGUCGAGACGAGAACAUCAUCAACUCGGGAGGCCAAGUCUGGCACGAGGGAUGCUUCGUUUGUGUCCAGUGCUUCCAACCGUUCAAGGACGAAGAGUUUUACGAGCACGAGGGGAGGAAGUACUGCGCCCAUGACUUCCACGCUCUGUUUGCCCCAUGCUGCAGUGGCUGUGGUGAGUUUGUGGUCGGGAGAGUGAUUCGCGCAAUGAGCCAGUGCUGGCAUCCCAACUGCUUCAAGUGUGUCAGCUGCCACACAGAGCUGGCGGAUAUUGGCUUUGUCAAGAGCCAGGGAAGGCCAUUCUGUAAGCCCUGCAAUGCCGAAAUCAAAGGAGGUUCUAAGAAGUUUUGCCAGAAGUGCAGUCUUCCGAUCCACGGAGAGCAUCUGGUCUACAAGUUCCAGAUCGUCCAUCCUCACCACUUCAACUGCAGUGAGUGCAAUAAGCAGUUGGACCACAGGUGUAAGGAGAGAGAAGGAGAGCUCUACUGCUUACGCUGCUAUGACAACAUGGUGUCAGCAAUAUGUGGAGCCUGCAGGAGACCUAUCGAAGGCCGUCUUAUCCAUGCUCUCAACAAGACCUGGCAUCCUGAGCAUUUCGUGUGUUCUCACUGCGAGAAGCCGUUUGAAGGUCGCAGACACUACGAGAAGAAGGGCCUGGCUUACUGCGAGAGGGACUACAAGGCUUUGUUUGGUGAGGUGUGUUUCUACUGCAACAAGCCAUGUCGUGGAGAAGGUCAGUUCUUUACUGAGCAGACUUCACCAUUGUUUUUUUCCCUCCACCUCUCUUCUUACUCUGUCGUUCAGAGGUGACUGUGCUGAACAAGACGUGGUGCAUUGACCACUUCCGCUGCUCUGCCUGCAACAGCCUCCUCGCGUCUCCCCGUGGAGGGGCCCGCUAUGCAGACAUGGACGAGAGGCCGUACUGCAAGAAGUGCUUUGAGAAGGUUCCCGUGGAGCUGCGGAGGAGACUCAAGAAGCAAUCAGACUGACGGGAAGAGACAGCUGCAAUCAAUGGGGGAACUCCCGCCAUUAUUUUAGAAAACAAACUACAGCAUAGCAAUGUCUUUAGCGAUCACCAUUUUUUGCCAGGUUUUGUGAAAUAACAAUCAUGCCGUCAACUUGUAAGUGUUAGCAUAAUAUUGAAGUUGUAUAAUAACAUAGUUUUACAAAAAAACAGGUUGAGGUCCACUGAAUCAUUAUAAAUCAGCAUGGAAAAUGAACUAUUAACAUUCUAUUGCUUCUAUGCCAUAAGAUGCCCUCUGUGUUGUAACAACACCACAUAACAGAAGCACUAGGUACAAAAGUUUGUGUGCCUGUUCCUGCAAAAUUUCCAUUUCUGGUGGAGUAACAAAUGGAAAAAACGUGAUUGCUCACAAACUGUUCACCAAUGAGCACGGAAGAGUAAAAGAGAGAGAAAGAAAGAGAGGGGGAGAGGAAGAGUUAGUAGAAAUAUCUGCUAG